CGACCCUGUCCUUCUUAGGGUAUUCGCGGGUUUUCGGUUAAUUUUGGCGUGAGCGAUGGGCUUCCAAAAUUUUAGAGGUAGAGGUGGUUCACGUGGCUCGCAAGGUGGUUUUCGAAGGGGCUCAAGGGGCGGUUUCUCUGAUAAAUUCCAAAGUGGCCCUCCUGAAGAAGUUGUUGAAGUUGGGGUUUUCGCUCACCCAUGUCAAGAAGAUAUUGUCUGUAAAAUCACAUCGGAAAAAAUACCUUACUCAAACGCUUCUGUUUAUUUGGCAAACAAAGAGGAAGUGGGCAAAGUAGACGAAGUUUUUGGCCCCAUUAAAGAUGCAUACUUUUCAAUCAAACUCUCAGACACUCUCAAAAGUAAAUCUUUUCAAGAAGGGGUCAAGUUCUUUAUGGAUCCUGCUAAGUUUCUGACACUUGACCGCGUAUUGAACCCCAAUACUAAUAGAGGUAAAUGUGUAUUGUUGUCAGUAACUCUUCAUUUAAUUUGCUAAUAUAUUUUGUAACCUUCUAAGCUACCACACUAUAUGAUUCUUGGGUGGAAGAUUCUGCUUAUACGUAAAAUAUGCAUCAAUUGUACCCUUAUUUGAGUCAGUAACGAGUGAGCACUAUCUAAUUUUUUGUCCGUAGGUAGGAAAUCAUCUAGUUAAAAUUUCAAUCUUUAAUAUGGAAAUGAUGGAUUCGGAGUUUAAAAUCGAGUUGCUUCCAUACAACUCAACAUACCCUUAUUUAGACGAAAGCUGUCUUGUGUGGUAACACAUGGUUUAGUUCUAUUUUUGUAGUUUUUGAUCGAGUACGACUGCCUCGUAACGCCCUUGUCUUGUCUCUUAGUGUAUCGUGGGUUAGAAUUUGAUCAAAACUUCCGAAGUACUUAAUCUCGUGCCAUACACCACUACAAAUUAUCAACUAUCACUAUUUGUGAGGAGCAAUCAGUUUAUUUAGUAAAACGCAGAAAUUUG